GUAUAAUACUUGUUCAUAUCCUCACCCCUCUUGUGACAUCAUUCAUUUCCAAACUACCAAAUCAACAUUUCAGAACAACAAAAAUGGAUCAAAAUCAUGUUAUCACAGUAGACCAAGAAGUUGAGUUAAUGAGUACCCAAAUGACGCAACCACCAAAGUUACUACUCAAAUUAGCUGGCAAGAAUUCUUGUUGCAUUUUUAGAGUCCCUCAAAGUCUAGUUGAAUUCAACCAAGAAGCAUAUCGACCUCGAAUCGUCUCGAUUGGCCCAUACCAUUAUGGAAACAAGGAUCUUGAAAUGAUUCAAGAGCAUAAAUGGAGGUUCCUUAAUGAUUUGAUCACAAGAACAAGUAAGCCACUUAAGUUUUUCAUGGAUAUUAUAGUGUCAAUGGAUGUUCAAAUUCGAGAAAGCUAUUCGGAGUCUAUUGAUUGUUUUAGUAAAAAUGAGCUUGCGAAAAUGAUGGUGCUUGAUGGUGUUUUCUUAAUUGAGUUGUUUCGAAAAGUUGGGAAGUUGGCUCCGGUACAUCAAGAUGAUCCAAUUUUUAGAAUGGUUUGGGUGUCGCCUUUUCUAAUGAGGGAUUUAUUGAAGAUUGAGAACCAAAUCCCAUUUUUUGUUCUACAAAAGUUGUUUGAUGAGUCUAAAACCGAUGAACGUACACUUCCUUCUUUAAUCCUUGAGUUUUUCAAUUACUUGGUUGAUAGGCAACCAAAGGUAUUACAAGAAUAUGAGAAUCUUGAAGGGAAACAUUUACUUGAUCUUUUUCGAAAAAGUUUUAUAAAUACUAACAAUGGAGAUUCGAUUAGGAGGUGUGAAAAUGUUCCACUUAAACUCAUCCAACCCGCUACGAAACUUGUUCUCAAAGGAGUCAAGUUCAGGGCUAAUCAUCAAGCCGAAAGCUUCUUGGAUAUUGAGUUCAAAAACGGGGUCCUUUACAUUCCUCAAAUUAACAUGGAUGAUUUUUACAGUUCAUUCUUUUUGAACUGUGUGGCAUUCGAGCAAUGUUAUUUUCAUUGCUCAAAAGACAUUACAACAUACGUGGUGUUCAUGGGAUGUCUCGUGAAUACCUCGACAGAUGCGAGUGUGCUUUCCGGAAGUAAAAUUAUUGAGAAUUAUUUUGGUACAGAUAAAGAAAUUGCAAAAUUCUUUAAUCAAAUAGGAAAAGACGUGGCUUUUGAUAUCAAGAAUAAUUACCUUCAAGGAUUGUUUAAGGAAGUAAAUGAUUAUUGUAAGAAUGGGUGGCAUGUGGGUUGGGCUGGGUUUAGGCAUACUUAUUUUGAGAGCCCAUGGGCUUUUAUUUCGGCACUUGCAGCUUUUAUGUUGCUUUCUCUUGCUGCUCUCCAAACAUUUUACACCGUUUUUCCAUAUUACCACAAAAGUUAGCUGACAUAAGUGGCUUGAUGCGGUGGCAAGUCGUGGAUGCAGAACACUCGGAAGAUGGUGUCUUGGUUCUGGAAGAUGACGUGUUAAUUAGUUUUGAUGUUUGUUUUGAUUUGCUAAAAUUCAUUAAAGUAUCUUUUCGUACAAGUGUUAAUAACAUGUUUGUAAAUAUCAACCGUUGCUACAUGUAAUUUAGUUUUCUAUACUUCUAUGGAUACAAACAAACUGAAUGUCUAA